AUGGCGGUAGUAUCAUCUAGGAGCUCGAUGACCGACUGGAGUACAGUUGGCAGCGUCUGCUUGGGCUCGGAAAUAUGGGGCUUCCCACCCUCUACAGUCUUUUCCCCCCCUUUCCCAGUCGGUCGGCCGAUACCUGAUGAUGAUGAUGACUAUGACUCUUAUGGGCAUCUCAACAUUUGUUGGCUGCCCUUAUUUUACUUGCUGCUGGAUACCAUGCCUACCCCGACUUCUGAGGGGAAGAAAAAAGCUACAUUUUCCGAUCAUAUAAUCAUGCAAGCGGCAACGGGCCCUGUGCAAGAUGCAUCAGGUGCCUCAGGUAGGCCGGCUGUCCAAUCAAUAGGGGUCAUUCCAACAAAACAUGCGCCGUACGGAGCUGCAAACGGAGGAGACGCCGGACGCGAGCCAGAUCAAGCUUGCUUGGCGCAUUAUGCAGCCCCAAAAGGAACGCGAGCUCGUAGUUCAAUAGGAACCGAUCCUCGGAGGAAGGCUAGCCUGCUGAAACCCUGGACUGGUGGAGCUCGAACAGCUCAGCAGCGCUCAGCAGCAUGCAUGAUUCAUCCCCCUUUGUUCGAGCCAUUGCCCGAUCCCGUUGUGGAAUGCCGCCCUCGGCAGUCUGGCCAGCCCUAUGCAGUUGGCCUCGCCCUGAAGGAUCACGCCGUGCAACUUGGACAGGCAGCACCAUUUUUUACCUAA